UGGGUAAUUACACUCAUUUUGUAGAUUUAUGUUUGUUUAUUGAAUUCAGGUUGCUUUACCCAGCUCAGGCUAUCACCAGUAAAUAAUGAAUAUUGUCUUUCUCUUGCAUGUUUCUCAUACAUUUAUUUAGAUACAUAAAUGCUUAACUUAGAGUUUUUGAGACAGCAGGAAAAGAGUUCUUUUAAAAGUUAUGCUAGAGAUUUUUACCCAACACUAAGCAACGAGACAAUACGAGGUCAAGUUAGGAGUUCUUCAUUUUCUCCUCUAAGUGACGCUGUUGUCUGGUGAAUGCGGGAGACUUUUGGAGCAUAUUAAGGCAGAGCUGUUUUAUUCCUUCGUCAUUGCAUUUUACAUCAGCAGACUAUAAACGUCAAUCCACAACACGACUUUAUUAUUUGACUACGGAAAUAAYUUCAAAGAAAAUGUGCCCGUCACUGAACUAAAUUAUUUUUUUUAUUAUUAUUGUCGCUUUGUUUGCUCGAAGACUAGUUUUUACAUGGAGUUCAAAGACCUGCAACAAGAAAACGGUGUACGAUGGCGAUUGAGGCUUGUGUGCCUUGUGCUGCUGUCCUUUCUUCAUCCGACAAAUGCGCAGGUCCGGUACUCGAUCCCAGAGGAGCUAAAAAUUGGUUCUCUUGUUGGCAACAUAGCGCAGGACCUCGGUUUGGAUCUGACCAGGCUCCGUUCGGGUCGGGCCCGCAUCGUGACCGGAGAAAACAUCCAGUACACCGAGCUGAAAGCAGACAAAGGGACUUUAAUCGUGAAUGAGAGAAUCGACCGAGAGCAGCUCUGUGGAGACGCCACACCGUGCAGUUUUACGUUUGAGAUUUUAUUGGAAAAUCCAUUGGAGCUACACCCUGUAACUAUAGAAGUGCUGGACGUGAACGACAACGCUCCCACCUUUCAGACCAAUCACUUGGAAUUUGAAAUUAGCGAAUCCGCAGCACUCGGCUCCCGUUUUGGUUUAGAGAGCGCGGAUGACAAAGAUGUUGGUCAGAACGGCUUGCAGAACUACAUUUUAACUCCAAACGAUAAUUUCGUCUUGAAACAGCACGUUAAUCCGGAUGGAAGUAAAUAUGCCGAAAUGGUGCUUCAGAAAUCUUUAGAUAGAGAGGAAAAGCCRCACCUUUCYCUGAAAUUGCUUGCUGUGGAUGGCGGAAACCCCCAGAAAUCUGGUACAGUAUUAAUAGAUAUUAAMAUUYUAGAUGYWAAUGAUAAUGCACCAGUGUUUAAUCAAACAAUAUACAAGGCCACGGUGACCGAAAAUGCCCCAAAAGGGACUCAUGUUAUCACUGUCAAUGCAAGUGAUGCUGACAUUGGAUCAAAUGGGCUCAUUUCUUUUAGUUUGUCCAAAACGAAAGGGAGCGCUGCGGAUAUUUUUAGCAUUGAUAACAGCACGGGCACAAUUUAUGUUUUUGGCGAAAUAGAUUUUGAGAAACAGAGAAGGUAUGAAGUGCGAGUUGAGGCAAAAGAUCAGGGUGGCUUGAUCGGCACAAGUAAAGUUAUAGUUGAUGUAGUUGACAUUAAUGACAAUGCCCCAGUAAUAAGUGUGAUGUCUUUUUCCAGUCCGAUAGUGGAGAAUGCACCUACCGGCACAACAGUCGCUAUUUUAAACAUUAAAGACGCUGACUCUGACAAAAAUGGUCAAAUUAAAUGUUCUGUAGUUGGAAAACUUCCUUUUAGAAUUGAAUCAUCUUUAACAAACUACUACAAUUUGGUCUUAGAUGAAGAUUUAGAUAGGGAAUAUGUCCCAGAGUACAACAUAACGGUAACAGCUUCUGAUUUCGGUAAUCCUCCUCUGUCCUCGUCAACACAUUUGCGUCUUACAGUAUCGGAUGUUAAUGACAACGCUCCAUUGUUUGACAAAGGUAGCUAUUCUGCAUACGUUGUGGAAAACAAUCCAAUUGGCUAUUCUAUAUUUUCUGUCAAUGCGCGGGACUCCGACUGGAAUCAAAACUCCAGAAUCUCAUAUAUUUUAGAAGACACGCACGUUGGAGGAAAUCCGGUCUCUGCUUACGUGUCUUUAAACGCUGAAACCGGAGUUCUAAGCGCGGUUCGGUCAUUUGAUUACGAGCAAAUAAAAGAGUUUCACCUUGUGGUCACAGCUCAAGAUGGAGGCUCUCCUCCACUCAGCAGCAACGUGACCGUAAAAAUCCUGAUCCAGGACCAGAACGAUAAUCCACCUCAGGUUCUGUAUCCAGUCCAGACUGGAGGCUCCAUGGUGGCUGAAAUAGUUCCUCGUUCAGCAGAUGUGGGCUACCUGGUGACCAAAGUGGUGGCUGUGGAUGUGGACUCUGGACAGAAUGCCUGGCUCUCCUAUAAUGACAACCUGACUUUUUACUUAGUGUUGGCUCUGGCUGUGGUUUCCUUCCUCUUCAUCACRUGUUUAGUGGUUAUUAUAUCAGUGAAGAUCUAUAGAUGGAGACAGUCUCGCAUCCUGUAUCACUCCAGCCUCCCUGUGAUUCCAUAUUAUCCACCUCGUUACUCAGACACUUUGGGAACAGGAACUUUGCCACACGUGUACAAUUACGAGGUGUGCAGGACGACUGACUCCAGAAARAGUGACUGUAAGUUCGGCCAAGCAAACAGUCAGAACGUGUUGAUAAUGGAUCCCAGUUCUUCUGGGACGAUGCAACGGAUACAGAGUGAGAAGAGCAUCCUGGACGAAMCUGACUCUCCUUUAGAGGUGAGUUAGAAAGUGAAUCUUCUCUUACUGGUGCUACUAUAUUUAAAAAAUGUCAUUGUUGUUGAAGAGUAGAGUCUUUUCUAGCACCACGGACAGCUACUAAAUCUGAGUCCCUCAAAUGCUGUGCCUUCACUGUCACUGCUUCGAGAAAGUGAAUAGCCUCAUAGACUUAAGUAUUUAUUUUGCUGUUCGUCUAUAUCUGAAUUAAAUGAUUUUAAUUUUAAAUUAGAAUUGACUAUUGUUCUUCAGCAGUACUUUGCGUAGGUUGAUCAUAUUUCAGGCUUUAGUUUGUAAUUGCUGGUGGUUGUAAGGAAUAAAAAAAUGUAAAUAUUCCUCAACUUUGAGCUGCAGAAGUUUAAUGUCUCUCCUGUGGUUUGUAUGUAAUACUUCAGACAUUCGGUGAUCUUGAAAUAYUUUUUAUUAACAUCGACCAACUAAUUAAUAUUCCAGGUAAUACUAUUACCUUGAGUCAUUGGUCCAGUUCGUAUUCUGCAGUUCAGUGAGAGACACGGAGAGAUAGACAGAAAAAGAKAGMCAGAAGRAGGUCCUUUGGAUUUUGUUUUCUAUUUUAGCUAAAUAAAAAUAUUAAAGUGGUAGCCUCCCUCUUCAAUCGGAGUGUCUGACUACGCUAAUUGAAAACAUGUAAGACUCAUAUUAGAAAAGGGAAACUGGCGGUUGCUUAASCGCAAAUGUUAAUCCUCCUAUGAAGUGGUUCCUUAUGGACUAUUAUUUGUUUCCUUUAAGACAGAAGCUUUCAUUUGACGCUAACGGGUUSAUUCCAGUUAAAACAUACUUUUGUUUUUAUGUUGCUGAUCGGUUAAUAUAUCGAAGAGAGUACGUACCUCACCUCUUUCUCAGUGCAAACCUCCGUUUGUACCACUUAGUUUCUACUCUAAGGGACGCUGUUGAUCAACAUAACAUACAGCGUUACAUUUCCAGUCAUCUCCUCCCUUCAUUGUGUGGCCGAGAUGGAGAGAGGAGACGCUUUACUUCACCAGAGCUGUUGUGAGGGAAAAAUAGGCAUUGCUAGUUAGGAUUAUGUUUGCCUGCCGCAGCAUAUUUGUUCUCUGUGAAAAAUCGUGUUUGGAUUACUACAAAACAUACAUUUCUUGCMUAUUUUUUAUAUAACAAUGGUUCGUGGAAUACCACUCAGUUCAAGACGGAUAAAAUGGCGUUAUGGCGUCGGACAUAAUUUAUUUUAUUUUAUUUUUCUUUGUUAUAUUUGCCAUUUUGUGACUGGACACAUCAGAUAUUCGAUUCCAGAAGAAAUGAAGAAAGGCUCAGUGAUCGGUAAUGUUGCACAGGACCUCAGUUUGGAUCUGAAAAGACUCCGUUCUGGUCGGGCCCGCAUCGUCAGCGGAGAGAGCAUCCAGUACGUCGAGCUGAAGACAGACAAAGGGAUUUUAACACUGAAGGAGAGAAUCGACCGGGAGCAACUUUGUGGUGACACAACACCCUGUAGUUUCACUUUUGAGAUGAUUUUAGAAAAUCCCAUGGAGCUGCAUCAAAUUACGGUCGAGAUUACUGAUAUAAAUGAUAAUUCUCCGACGUUCAAAAGAGAUAGCAUGCAUUUUGAAAUAA